GGUCGUUCAGCAAGUCGUCAAUUUAAAUUCAUUUGUUGUAACACGUGUCAGUGAAUAGUUAUAUACUUAUUGAGUAUUGUUAUUAUUUAUAUAAAUAUUUUUAAACUAAUAUUUUAAUAAUAAAAAAUGUUACGAGAAUCAGUUGAAGAAAUAGCCGGAAAGCCUGAUGGCAAAAAUCGUAUCCACACUGAGACAAUAUCGGUUGAUUCACCACUUCGUAGAAGUUCGCGAAUUAAGCAAAACCUUAAACAAAAUGAAUUUUCACCUGAAUCGUCUCUAAGCGACGCUAAUAAUACACAAACUUCAAGGAGUCCAAGACGACGAUUAAUUACCAUGGACAAUACGGUUUCUAUUGAAAAUCAAAGAAAUUUACGUUCUAGGACAAAUUCUGUAUCUUCAGAUAUUAGCGAAGUUCUAGACACAGGUAUUGGUACACCAACAAGAAAAACUAAAAAUAAUGAUAAUAAAAUGAUAGGUAAUCGAAGAAGUAAACGCCUUGUAAGAGCUGGAUCAGAAGCGAAUUCACCACCAUCAGCAACAAGAAACACACGUAAUACAAGAGCUAGUUCUAUGGGACCUGAAGCUACAUCUGAUAAACUAACAGAAAAGCGAAGCAAUGAAUUAAUAAGUACAUCUAUUAGAACAAGAAGACGAUCUUCAUUAAUAUUUUCAGAAGUAACUACAGAAGAAAAAGGAAUAUCUAUGAAAAUUCCUAGGGUAACAUUAAAUCGUACAUUACCUGAUAUUAAUGAAAGUACACAAUCAGACUCAAAAAAUUCUCUUAAACCUAUAGAAGAAGAUGAUUCAUUGUUAUUUUCUAAAAACAAAUGUGAUACAAGUCAUAACAGUAUAUGUGAAAAAUACUUAGAUAAUGAUGUUAAGAUAACACAACACAAUGAUCCAGAAAAUUCUUCUUCAAAUAAAAUUGAAGAUGUUGAGAAGAAUUUAAUUAUGGAUAAUAAAAAAAUAGCAGAUAAUAGUAAAAGUGCAGAAUUAGAAAAUAACAAAACAUUAUCUCCAGAUAUUACAAUAAAAGAAAAAUCAAAUAAAUCUCAAAUACUUUCACAAAAUGAAAACCAAAAUAUAUCCAUGAAAUCAGAACUUGAGAAUUUAAAUGAUACUUUGGAAAAAUAUGAAGAUCAUAAUAAUAAAAAGAUUCUUACAACAAAUAUUAUUAUUGACUUACAAAACAUGAAUAAUACGCAACAAAAUCCACGAUCUAGUUUAAUUUCAAAUAAUUCAAAUGAAGAUAAAUGUAAAUCUCCUUGUGUUAAAAUAAAUUUAACACCAAAACAUUGUUCUAAAAAAUUAUCAGAUGUGUCAAAUGAUAAUGAUAAUGUUUCUCUAAAAAAAGUUGAAAAUAUAACCGAUUCAAUUAAUGAUUUAUCAGUUAAAAGUAUGGGUAUUUCAAUAAAUCAAGAAAGUAAUUCUGAUAAUAUGCAAAAAUUAAUUACAAGUCCAGAAACAGAGCCAGGCAAUGGUAAUCCAUAUAAUGAAAAUUCAGAUAAAAAUCUUUCUAUACAUAUAAAUGAUAAUAAAAAAGACAUAAAUAUAGCAAAUGAUAAUGAAUCUAUAGAAAUUAAUUCUAAAUUAAAUAAAAAAUCAGAAGAAAUUGAUAAUAUGAAUAUCAAAAUGGAUAUUUCAUGUGAAAAAGAAAGUAUGAAUGAGGAUGAUUUUGAAAAAGAUAGUACAAAUCAAUGUAAAAUUACAAAUGACCAAUGUGAAAUUGAAUUAAAUAUUAAAAUGGAUAUUUCAAGCGAGAAGGAAAACAUGAGUGAAAAUGAUUCUGAAAAAAAUAAUACAAAUCAAUAUAAAAAUACAAGUGAUCAGUAUAAAAUAAAAAAUAGAAAUAAUGAAUCAAAUACAUCAGACAUUAUAUAUGAAAAUGAUGAAAUAAAUUGUACGAAAGAGAUUUUAUCACCUAAAUUAAGUAAUAGAGAAUUAUCAAAUUCAAUAGACAUGAAAUUAAUUGAUAUUCAUAACUUCGAUAAAUCAAAACAUGAAGAUACGAAUUACUUACAAAAAAUAAAUGAAAUGAAUAAUUCAUCUUCUGAUCUAUCAAAAUCUUGUAAUACUGAUAUGAGUUCAGAGGAUUUAAUUGUAACCAAUAUAAAAGAAGACAAUGUAACUAAUUUGAACAAAAAUAAUUAUCCUGUUACAGAAUCUACUGAUUUGGUUCAAGUAGCAUCUGAAAAACAAGAAUAUUUAGAAAAAGAUUCUGUAUUAGAUAAUUCUACUGAUUCUUUAAUGUUAAAAAAACAAUUACAAACAAAUGAAUUACAAUCAAAAGAAAAAUAUCCAGAUAUCAAUAAACCAAUAUCCAAAGAGUAUCAAGAAAAGAUUCAAAUUGGUGAUAAUAAUUCUGAUACAAAUAUGACAAAUUUAUUUCAAGACAUUCCAGCUACUGAAUGGAAAGAAAAAAAUAAUGAAUAUGAUAAAAAUUCUGAACAUUUGUCAACUGAAAAAUUAGAAAAUCAAAUGGAAAGUGAUUAUGAUCUUAUUUUAGUCGAUAAAGAGGCAUAUUCAUCUGCAGAAAAACUAAAAAAAGAGAAAGAAAUAUUUGAUUAUGAUUCAGAUGAUACUAUUAUAUUAAAAAUACAAAGAGAUUCCAUGAAAACAGAAAAUGAUACAGAAAUAUCGAUGGAUAUACUAGAAAAUAAAUGUAAAUUAAAUGAUAGCAAAAAUAAAUCUUCCACUAGCAAUAAACGAAAAAGUAUAAAAAAUAAAAAUAAAGAAAAAAAAGAAGUAAAAAGUGAUAUAGAAGAUGCAGAAGAAGAUGUAAAAUUACAAAAUAUGGAAAUAUCAGAUGGAAAAUCAUCGAGAGAUAAAACAAGAAAAAAAUUGAAAAAAAAUUAUUCAACAACAGCUAAUAUUUUAUCGGACUCUGAAAAAAGUAAAGAUAUUUCUGAUUCAGAUGACACACAAAAAAAAUUCAUGAACAUACCUAAAUUUUUAUUUGCAGAAACCAGUGAUAGUGAGAACAAUGAUAGUGAAUCUAAUAAUAGUAUAGAUUCUGAUAUUCAAAAAGAAUAUAAUUUUCACGGUAAAAACAUUUCGAAGUUUUCCGAUGAUGAUAUACCAGGAGAUGAAUGUAGAGCAUCAGAAACGGAAUCAUCAGAUCCAGAUGAUAAUGGAUCAGAUAUGGCAGAUUUUAUAGUUGAUGAUGAUGAAGUUGAAGAAGAAGAAGAAAGUGAAAGUGAAGAGAAGGAAAAUGAAGAAAUUGAAAACGAAAAGAAGAAGAACGAAGAAAGUGAAAAUGAAGAAAAAGAAAAUGAAGAAGAAAAUGAAGAAAUUGAAAUUGAAGAAAAGCAAGACAAAGAAAAAGAAGAGGAGAAAGAUGAAGAAAUUGAAAAUAAUGUUGAGCUAGAUAUUGAAGAGAAUGUUAAAAAAAGUAAGAAAAAGGGCAAGGAUAAAAAGCGAGAUCAAAAUAUUGAAAAAUCAUUAAAUGGAUCUCAAAUAAUAUUUAAUAAAAAAAUAAAAGAUCUUGAUGUCAAAAUGGAUAAUUCAAAUAUAAAAGAAAACGUCAAUGAAUCAAUGGUAUAUAGUACUCCUAAAAUUAAUUUAUCUAACAAAGACAAAUUUAAUAUUAAAACUUAUGAUGUUCAGAAAAAUUUGUCUCUUGACGAGGAAAAAAGUAAAGAUAUAACGCUAAAGAAAAAAUUAAAAAAAUUAAAAAGCGAUGAAAGUCUUGCACAUAGAAGUCUUCCAUCUGAAUUAAUUGAAUUUGUAGCAGAAACAAAUCUGUCAAGGCCAAUGUCAUCUAAAGUAUUAGGAUUAAACAAAACAACAUUAGUUUUGGGAAGCGACACACCUACAACAAGAUAUUUGAAGAAAGAUAAAUUAAAUGAAAGUGCACCAAUACUGAAAUCAGAUAUUAUGUUCAAAGAAUUAACAAAUACUAUUAAUAGUAGUAAGAAAAACGAUCAAAUUGAAAAAGAAAAUGAAGACGACAAUGAAAAAAAUAAAAAAAUAUCUAAAGAAGUAGAUGAUUCGUUAAAAAAGAAAUUAUUUAAUGUGGCAAAUAAUAUAUUAGAAAAUGAUCGUAGAAAAAAACGAAAAAAACAGAAACAAUCAACAAUACAAGAAACAAUUGAUCCUAUAUUACUUGAAAGUGAUUUCCAAUUGAAUAAAAAUGCAGAUAUGUUAAAGAGAACAAAAGAAAUUGUUCCUUUUAUUAAUACUAAUGAUGAUAAUGAUAAUGAAAUAAGAAAAGUAAAUAAGAUAAAAAAAAAGAAAAAAAAAAUGUAUGAAAAUAAUGUUCAAAUGGAACAUCAAAUAUUUGAAAACAUUCUUGAAACAAAACCAGACAGUCUUGAUAAAAAUAUACAUAAUGAAGUAAAAAAGAAAAAGAAGAAAGAAAAAAUAAUUGAAGAUGUUUCAAAUUUGAUAAAUACAAAUGAAAAAACUAACAUAGUAAAGAAGAAAAAGAAAGCUUCAGAUGUUUUUUCAAUAUGUGAUGACAUGUCAAAUGAGCAAUCACGUAAAAAAAAGAAGAAAAAAGAAACAUGUAAUAUUGAUGUACAAAUAAAAGAGAAGAUAUUUGAAAAUAUUCGAUCGGAAAAUUAUGAUGAAAAAAUAUAUAAUGAAAUAAAAAAGAAAAAGACUAACAUAACGAAAAAGAAAAAAAAGGUUUUAGAUAUUCUAUUAAAUAAUAAUAUUUCAAAUGAGCAAUUAUCUAAAAAAAAUAAGAAAAAGAAAGCAUAUGAUACUGAUGUACAAUUAAAACAAAUAUUUGGAAACACUAUUGAAACAAAAGCAGAAUGUUUAGAUGAAAAAAUACAUUCUGAAGAAAAAGAAAAAAGAAAAAAGAAAAGAGAAAACACAAAUGAAAACGUUUUAAAUCCAUCGAAUACAAAUAAAAAUACUAAAAUAGUAAAGAAGAAAAAAAUAGCAGAUAUUUUACCGAAUAAUACUUUAAAUGAGCAAUUAUCUAAGAAAAAGAAGAAACAGAAAACAUAUGAUAUUGAUAUACAAAUGAGAAAGCCAAUAUUGGAAAACGUUAUCGAAACAAUAUCAAAAAGUCAUGAUGAAAAAAUAUAUAAUAAACUGAAAAAGAAAAAAAAAAUAGAAAGCGCAAUUCACGAUAUUUCAAAUAUCACAGAUAUAAAAGGAAUGACUAAAAUAAAACAGAAAAAAUUCUCAGAUAUAUUGAAUAAUGUUUCAAAUGAGCAAUUAAUUAAGGGGAAAAAAAGAAAACAGAAAUUAUUAAAAGAUAUUACUUCUCAAGAUAAAGAAGAAAUUUUAGAGAAAAUACCACAGAAAAAACAAAGAUUAUUAGAAAAUGCUUUAACAUAUAACAUGAUACAAAAAAGAAAAUAUUUAGAAACUCAUGAAUCUAAUGCUAAUAAAAAAAGAAAAAUACUUGUAGAACAAGAUUUUAGUUUACCAAGUAAUUCUGGAAGUACGACUCAUUUUGAUGUUGUUGAUAUUCAAAAAAUUAAAAAGAAAAAAAAAGUUUCAUUUCGAAAUAAAAUUUUAGGUAGAAAUUUUCGAUAACUUGGUUAUUUACUGAAGUAUUUAAAAAAACAAAAAACUAAA